UUCCCAGGACGCUGUGCCUCCCCAGCAGGAGCAGGAGAAAAUGACCCAGUUCCAGGAGGCAGUGACAUUCCAGGACGUGGCUAUAGUCUUCACCAAGGAGGAGCUGGGGUUGCUGGACCAGUCCCAGAGGAAGCUGUACCAAGAUGUGAUGCUGGAGAACUUCCAGAACCUGGUCUUAGUGGGACAUUGGAAUCAAAAUGAGAUAGACACUGUUCAAAAAGUUGGAUUAAAGUACCUUUUUCAUGAAGACUUUUUGUGGUGGCAAAUAUGGGAACAACUUAUAAGUAAGUUAACCAGAAAUCAAGACUUGAUAAUAAAUCUGGAAGGCAAGAAGUCUGAUUUGCCAAAACAAGGUGAUUCCUCCUUUCAACUGUGGGCAAGAGAAUCUACUCAAGUUUCUGAAGAUGAGAACUGUAUAAUAAAGCUUCCAGGGGAAGUUCAAAGUUCCAAUAGUAUAAAAUGUCAAGAGUUUCCAAUUAAGACCACCUGGGAUUUCUGGAAGAAAAUGUAUCUGAGAGAGUCACAGAAUUAUCAGAGUAGGUGUCAGAAGAUUGAUGGGAAACGUGAACUGUGCAAGUGUGAUCCUUGUGUUAUAAGGACUUCUCAUGACCAUGGUGAUGAUCAGGAAGUACACAAAGGCAAGAAGUCUUAUAUCCACAAGAACUGUGGAAAAGAUUUCAUGAAGAAAUCAUUCCAGCAUAAUGUAAUCCACGCAAGAGAGCAAACUUCUUGUGAGAAUGGAAAAGGCUUCAGUUUUGGCCCCAGUCUUGAACUUGAUCAGCAGUUGCACUUAGGAACAAAAGCCCAUAUGUGUAGUCAGUGUGGGGAGGGCCUUAGUUAUAGCUCAGUGCUUUGCACUCAUCAAAGUGUUCUCACAGAAGAGAAAUGCAGUAGUUAUGGUGAGUGUGGUGAAGACUUCUGUCAAAACUCCCAUCUGCAAAUUGAUCAGAGAGUCAGCACAGGAGAGAAACCCUACAAAUGUGCUGUAUGUGGGAAAGGCUUCAUGUGGAGCUCAUAUCUUCAUGUUCAUCAUAGUGUCCACACAGGAGAGAAACACUGUAAAUGUGCUGUGUGUGGGAAAGGCUUCAGUUGGAGUUCACAUCUUCAUGCCCAUCAACGAGUCCACACUGUAGAGAAGCCAUACAAAUGUGAGACAUGUGGUACGUGCUUUAGUCACAGUUCGUGUCUUAAAGAACAUCAACAAGGUCACCCUGCAGAGAAACCCUACAAAUGUGCUGUGUGUGGUAAGAGCUUCAGCCAGACCUCAAGUCUUCAAGCCCAUCAACGAAUCCACACUGGAGAGAAACCCUACAAAUGUGCUGUAUGUGGUAAGAACUUUAGUCAGAAAUCACAUCUGCAAGUUCAUCAGCGAGUUCAUACUGGAGAGAAACCCUACAAAUGUGCUGUGUGUUUGAAAGGCUUCAUGUGGAGUUCAUAUCUUCAUGUUCACGAGAGGAUCCACACAGAAGAGAAACCUUACAAAUGUGGCAUUUGUGGAAAGGGCUUUAGUCAGAGUUCACAUCUUCAAGCCCAUCAGCGAGUCCACACUGGAGAGAAACCCUUCCAAUGUGCUGUGUGUGGUAAGAGCUUCAGUCGGAGUUCACAUCUUCAAGCCCAUCAGCGAUUCCACACAGGAGAGAAACCCUACAGAUGUGCUGUGUGUGGUAAGAGCUAUAGUCAGACCUCAAGUCUUCAAUACCAUCAGCGAGUCCACACUGGUGAGAAACCAUACAAAUGUGAACAGUGUGGGAAAGGCUUCAUGGUGAUCUCAAGUCUUCAUGUUCAUCAGAGGAUCCACACAGGAGAGAAACCCUACAAAUGUGCUGUGUGUGGUAAGAGCUUCAGUCAGACUGCAAGUCUUCAAACUCAUCAGCGAGUCCACACUGGAGAGAAACCCUACAAAUGUGCUGUGUGUGGGAAGAGCUUUAGUCGGAGUUCAUAUCUUCAAUCCCAUCAGCGAGUCCACGCUGGAGAGAAACACUACAAAUGUACUCUGUGUGGUAAGAGCUUCAACCAUAUGUCAAGUCUUCAAGACCAUCAGCAACUCCACACUAUGGAUUAAUCCUACAAAAAUUAAGAGUGUGGGAAAGGGUUCAUGUGGAUCUCAUAGGAUAGAAGUUAUACAGAUGUGAGACGUUUCAUAAUUAGCUUUUUGUGUUUAUAUAUAAAAUUCCUUAAUUCUUUUUACUUAACUUUUUGCUAUAGUAAUUUCUUUACAUUUCAAAACUGUCACUAUAAAAAGAAUAUUAUUGAUAAUACAAAAAGUUGUCUUAUACACCUUCUGUAAUUAUUAAACAGUUGGUUACAUGUAUAGGAUUUGAGAAAAGCCUAAAGAACAAAUAUAGUUAUUAUUACUAAUAUUAGUAGUAACAUUAAUUUGUAGGUACAUAGGCCUUGUCAGUGUCUAUUUCUGAUGUUUGGGCUUUUCAGUCUUGAAAAGUUUGUGAUCUCCACUUAGUUGGAGGUGAGUAUCAGAGAUGGGCAGAUGUCCAUUUGCGGUUAGGCACCUGGUUAGGUAAGGUCUCUUCCAACACUGUUGGAGAGAGUCUUUAAUGAAUGUUUUUCCCAAUGGACAAAAAUAUCCAGGUUGUAAGUUAUGGCCUUUGAAGCCUUUGUCUUCUGGGAGUACACUGUGAAAUGAAUGUUACUAAGUUAUUAGUUUCUAUAGCCUGGUUAAUGAGCCAUUGAUAAUAAUGUAGAAUAUCUCCUUUUAGUUUUUCUUAUAUUUGGAAAACAAAAAGAUUUUAAAAUCAGUAACAUUUCAGAGUCAUAAGGAUAAUAAUUAUUUCCCGUCUAUUUAGUCCCAUAACCAAUUUUUUUGGUUCUCAUUAUUUGCCAGGAUUUUUAUGAAUUUAGUUAUUCUUUAGAGUUUUAUAAAUUUUUAUCUAAUUUAAAGAUAUGACCUGUUUAAAACCUGUAGUUUAGAGUAAGAGUCUUUUUUAUGGAUUUUUCUAAAGAUAUAAUAAGUUUGUAAAUGUAUUAGAGUAAAAUAAUGACUGUUUAUAAAUGACAAAACUUAAAGUGGCAUGGUUAUAAAUUUGAUUAUAAUGCAAUUAAUAAAAAAACUUUGUUUUUGUAAGAUAUAAUAUUCCAAGACAAUUUUUUGGUAAAUAAGUUACACAUGGAUUAGUGGAAGUGUGUAUUGAGCACUGGAAAUAAUUUAUAAACUCCCACUGUGUGGACCACAAAUAUCUGGAGUACCACUGCCAGACAUCCCUACAGGGAACCAUUACUUAUCUUGCCCCAUGUCACUGACAGGACACCUGCUAUCCCUGGGAGCUUCCUGGCUGAACUUGGCCUUAAAUUGUUGCAAGUUUUCCCCUAGGGCAGACUGAAAUCUUGAGAAUAUCGAUUAAAAAAAA